AUGGGGUCGUUCGGGACGGAGCUGGUGGCAGGAGAACGGCGGUCAGCGCCGGCACGGGGCGAAGAGCGGAAUAUCUCCGCCGUCAGCUCCUCGCAGUUUGUGGCGCAGGCAUAUAGGUACCGCUCCCGGACCUCGGCACCCUUCGCGGACCGCGCACAGCAAGCACCGGUGGCUGCCCGGCCCGCUGCCGCCAUCACGGCCCUGCCCUCGUCACCAUGGGAACCGCGCGGCUGCCGCGUCCCCGGAUGUACGUCACCGUCCCCGGAGCUGCGUCACCGGGGCCCGGCAGCGCCUAGUGCAUGCAGCUCGUGCGGCGGGCAGCCCUGGCGGCGCUGGCUCGGGCCGCGGAGGGGGCGCCGGGCCCGGGUGCGGGCCGCGCCUGCAGCGCCCGCCUGCGGCUACUGCCGCCACCACCCGGUGGCGGGACCCAGCCGGACCCGCAAGGUGCGGGGGACCACCUGGUGGAAGGGAGAGGCUGGUUCGGGAGGGGCAGCGGCCUGGCGGGGAGAGGAGCGAGGGCUGGCGGCGGCGUGGGCCGGCACGGCGGGAGGUCCGGGGCGAGAUGCUGAUGUCGGGGGUUGCUGGGGCCGCCCCGCUGACCGCCGGUGCCGCGCAGGCUGGAGGGAGGCGGUGGCGGCCGCCGCCGGUACCCUGCAGGCAGGCGGUCUGGUGGCGGUGCCGACGGACACGGUGUACGGCGUGGCGUGCCUGGCCCAGGACUCCGGCGCCGUUCGAAGCAUCUACAGCCUGAAGGGGCGGAACGGAGCGAAGCCGCUGGCCAUCUGCCUCGGGGACGUGGACCACCUCUACAGGUACUGCCACGUGAACGUGCCGGACGAGUUGCUGCGGGACCUGCUUCCGGGACCUGUGACCCUGGUCUUGAAACGUUCAGAAGAAUUAAAUAAAGACUUGAAUCCUUUCACAUCGCUGGUUGGUGUUCGUGUCCCAAACCACCCUUUUAUCAGGGAGCUGGCACGAGCCUGUUCUGGACCAUUGGCAUUAACGAGUGCCAACGUCAGCUGCCAGGGGAGCACACUGGCUGUGUCGGAAUUCCAAGACCUGUGGCCUCAGUUGUCAUUAAUCAUUGAUGGAGGCCCAACAGGGGACAUCCAGAGCCCAGAGUGUCGUUUGGGGUCCACUGUGGUCGACUUGUCUGUGUCAGGGAAGUUCACCAUCAUUCGUCCUGGCUGUGCGCUGGCAUCCACGGUUGAGAUCCUGAGGCAGAAGUAUGGCCUGGUACCAGAGUCCCCUUGAGACUUCACACUGAGGAGGCUCUGCAAAGCUGCUGGAGCUGGGCACUGUGUGCCUGUGUGCUCAGGAGGUGGGC